AUGAGUCAGCAAGAAGUCAUUGAUCUCGCCAUUGCGAGUUACUUAAAGACAAAUGACAAUACUGCAAGGCAGUACUUGAAGCUCCGACAGGAAGUGUUAGAAACCACACAGUUGGUCAUAAAAGAGAUAAAAGAAUCGGGUGCAGUGUCUCCAGAAACAUUACUCCAGCUUGAAAAACUAAAAUUUGAAAAUGCCAAAACGUCGCUAGUUUAUAAAGCCUACAUAGACAACAUCACCAGUAAUUUGGAAAACGAGAGCACAUUGGGCGGUCAAAUAUCCGUGGAGUUAAACGAGCGAUUUGAUGACCUUCUGCAAAAAAAGAAACAUUAUGACGAAAAGACGAGUCAGUUACGCGGAGAACUCAAACCCGUGGUGGAAAAAAUGCGCUUAUUAGCAUCGAAUUUCGAAGCCGGAAUUGGCCUGGGGAGCAGCGGCAGUAGGCUCGAAAAAAGCGAGAGGAGACUCUUCACAAGUAAGGGAAGUAAGGCGGAUGAUAAGAGUGUUUUCCUAGACUAUACCUCGGCUGUUUUCAGCAAGUCCGAGCUAGAAGCACAGUUUGUGGAUGUGGAGUCAAAGUUGGCAGCUUUGAAGACUGUCGAUGAAAUAAGCAAUGAGGAUGCUGACACUAAAGAAUUAUCCACCGAAAAAGGGCCUUCGAUCGAGUUGUCUACUUAUCUCAAUGAGCUUCUACAAAGCGGAAGAGCGUAUACACGGAUCAAUGAUUCAACCUACCACUUCGAUGUUACAAAAUCAACUUCUGCAGACUUGGGCAACUCACGAAGCGUGAUAAGUGAUUAUGAAAAUGCCAACGAGCUUUUGGCCAAGGAAAUUCAAGGCUUGGUGGCUCGGGGCACCGAGGCUAAAGAGAGAUGGAUCAGCAACGCCCAAAAAAUCGAGAUGAUCCAAGCGUUGCUCCAGGAGGAUAUGGAUAUUGACGGAUAA